CGGCUACGGUUUCUCAAGUCAGCACUUGGCGGUCACUUCAACGAUGAACUCAACGCUCUCUUUAAAUCGACCGAUACGCAGUUUUUCUCCUGCGAGCUUUCAAAAUGGUAAAUUUGUCGAAGCUGAGCAAUUUAAACCUCAAUUAACUUCUUAUUUGAUUGAAUCUUCAAAGCUUAAAUGCUUCGGAAAUGUAAAUUCGAGGACCAGUUUGAGAGUUCACCAGCAGCUGCGAGAUGACUCGGGUGAGUCAAGUAGGAUUCUAUCUCGUCGAGUUAGGGUUUCAUCCAACGAUACUCAGUUCGGUUCGUUGCCGAACAAAGGCGGGACUGAGUCGUCGAGUUUCGCGGAGUUUAUCACGUCCGAGCGUGUUAAAGUGGUGGCGAUGCUGGCUUUAGCUCUGGCGCUCUGUAAUGCGGAUAGAGUCGUGAUGUCAGUGGCGAUUGUGCCGUUGUCGCUUGCUCAUGGCUGGAGCCGAUCGUUUUCCGGCAUUGUUCAGUCAUCUUUUCUGUGGGGAUACUUGAUUUCACCGAUAGCAGGAGGGACAUUAGUGGACUAUUAUGGUGGUAAGGUAGUAAUGGCAUGGGGAGUGGCAUUGUGGUCAUUAGCUACGUUUCUUACACCAUGGGCUGCUGAAAACUCUUUGUGGGCAUUACUUUUUGCAAGGGCUAUGCUUGGUGUUGCAGAAGGUGUGGCUCUUCCGUGCAUGAACAACAUGGUGGCAAGAUGGUUUCCACCAACAGAACGUGCCAGGGCUGUUGCAAUGGCAAUGGCUGGAUUUCAGCUUGGAAAUGCAAUAGGACUCACUUUAUCCCCAAUUCUCAUGUCCCAAGGUGGUAUAUUUGGACCAUUUGUGAUAUUUGGACUGUGUGGAUUUCUUUGGGUUUUAGUAUGGUUAUCUGCAACAUCAAGUACUCCUGCUAGAAGUUCCCAGAUAUCAAAAUAUGAACUGGACUACAUAAUGAACAAGAGGCAGAAAUCUCAUGCAGUGGAGAACAAACCUAAGACAAAAAUGAUCCCUCCAUUUGGAAGGUUGCUUUCUAAAAUGCCAACAUGGUCUCUAAUUCUUGCAAAUGCCAUGCAUAGCUGGGGCUUUUUCGUUAUUCUUUCAUGGAUGCCUAUCUACUUUAACUUGGUUCAUCAUGUUGAUCUCAGACAAGCAGCAUGGUUUAGUGCUGUUCCAUGGAGCAUGAUGGCAUUGACAGGGUACUUGGCUGGUUUAUGGUCAGACACAUUGAUACGGAAUGGUACCAGUAUCACUUUGACUCGCAAGAUCAUGCAGUCCAUUGGUUUUAUUGGUCCUGCGAUUGCUCUGAUUGGCUUAACUGCAGCAAAAAGUCCAUCAACUGCAUCUGCUUGGCUUAGUGUAGCUGUUGGGCUGAAAGCAUUCAGUCACUGUGGUUUCCUUGUUAACCUUCAGGAGAUUGCUCCACAUUAUUCUGGUGUUUUACAUGGAAUUUCAAAUACUGCUGGAACAUUUGCUGCUAUUCUGGGAACAGUUGGAGCUGGUUUCUUUGUUGAAUUGGUGGGAUCAUUCCAAGGAUUUUUAUUGCUCACUUCACUCUUAUACUUUCUAGCGGCUCUUUUCUACAAUAUCUUUUCCACUGGCGAGAGAGUCAACUUUGAUGAAACUGUUUCAUGAACAAGUUUUUGGACUGCUCGCUGUAAACCUGUGUUGCUGAUGGAUUGUGGAGUCAUCUACUGCAACAAGAGGAGCAAAAUUGUUUUUUUUUUUUUUUUGUGUCAUAAACAAUGUUGAGCAGUAGAUCCUGUAAAAAAGAAAUAAUCCUCCUGUUAAUUUCCUGUGGAAAGCCAAAGAAAUGUACAGUACACGAUUUUACCGUCCUGAGCCAUAUGGAGAAUCUGAUGUUCCAGUGCAGUCACUAGUCAGGGUUUAACGCAAAUAUAGGUGAUAAAUGCUUGAAGCUUUCAUCUCA